ACAAUGUCUGGAAGUUUCUACUUUGUAAUUGUUGGCCACCAUGACAAUCCAGUUUUUGAGAUGGAGUUUUUGCCAGCAGGGAAAGCAGAAUCCAAAGAUGACCAUCGUCACCUCAACCAGUUCAUAGCUCAUGCUGCCCUAGACCUCGUGGACGAAAACAUGUGGCUGUCCAACAACAUGUACUUGAAAACUGUGGACAAAUUCAACGAGUGGUUUGUGUCGGCGUUUGUCACCGCGGGCCAGAUGCGUUUCAUUAUGCUGCAUGACGUGCGGCAAGAGGACGGGAUUAAGAACUUCUUUACCGACGUUUAUGAUUUGUAUAUCAAGUUUGCAAUGAACCCAUUUUAUGAGCCCAAUUCACCCAUUCGGUCAAGUGCAUUUGACAGAAAAGUCCAGUUUCUUGGGAAGAAACACCUUUUAAUCUAAAUGCAGAAAAUUAAAAAA